AUGCUCGUGAUCAUUUCACUGGAUUACGUGUCAUCGGCUGAAAUUCCCGACGAGUUUGACGAUCAAAUCAUUAUCGAAUCAGUGUCGCAUCGAAAGGGCAAAAUUAUUUCAAUGGUUGCCGAUCUUCUCAAAACCGUCGUCAUUGAAAAUCCCGAAGCGCGUUUGGGUCUAAUUGUCACCGACGAGUCCGGCAAACCGGUGAAGCUCAAUGGUUCCGUACUAACAUCGGAUCUCGAUAAACAAUUGAGUUUGAAAGUAUCGCCAGAUUCAGUGGUUUUGUCUUCUGUUAGCACAUCUGGCACCGCGCUGGAACUCGGCAAAUCUGAACCGAAAGUCGAUGUGGCGUUCAUUGAAAAUGCUGGCCCAAAGUACAAUCAAUGCAGUCGGCAAAACGAGUUUAUGAGUCCAAGACAAGUCUUUUAA